GAAAACAUGGAUGCCUCAACAACCAAGUUAUUUUUCCUGGCCGUACAUGGCCUUGCUCUUUUGGGGCCGUUUUAUGUCAACUGGUCUGCGUUUUGGCUGGCUGUGGCACUCUAUUUUGUUACAGGUGUGGGUAUAACUCUGUCUUUCCAUAGAAACUUGGCUCACCGCAGCUUCAAGCUUCCCAGAUUGCUCGAGUACACUUUUGCCUACUGCGCCGUCCUUUCACUUCAGGGAAGCCCGAUUGAAUGGGUGAGCACGCAUAGGCUCCAUCAUCAGUAUACAGACACAUGGGAUGACCCUCACACGCCCAUUAAGGGAUUCUGGUACAGUCAUAUUCGUUGGGUUGUCGACUAUCAUUCUUGGUUUGGAACACCGGACGCACGAGACUUCAAGAAUGUCGGAGACUUAAAGAAGCAGUGGUAUUAUAGGUUUCUUCACUAUACGUAUCCUUUUCAUUCUGUUGCUCUUGGAGUUCUGCUAUAUGCUGCAGGUGGAAUACCAUUCUUGGUUUGGGGAAUGGGUGUGAGGACUGUAUUUUUUCUCCACGUUACUUUUUCAAUAAACUCGAUCUGCCAUAUGUGGGGAAAGCAAGUCUGGAAUACUGGUGAUUUAUCUAAAAACAACUGGAUGUUAGGGUUGCUAGCACAUGGAGAAGGUUGGCACAAUAAUCAUCAUGCUUUUGAGUACUCAGCUAGACAAGGCUUGGAAUGGUGGGAGAUUGACACUACUUGGUAUAUAAUUCGGUUCCUAGAAGCCAUAGGGUUGGCUACAGACGUAAAACUCCCAUCUGAAGCUCAUAAGGAACGGAAGGCUUUCCCAACUGAUCGAAGCUCACAAGAACGAAUUGAUUUUUGCACUAUCGACUAA